UAUCAAUACUAGUUUCUAGCAAAGAGGAGGUGGAUGCUUCCGACAGCUUUUGUAUUCAACCAGUUGACUUGAAACACUUUUUUGAAGAUGGAAAAAUUUACGGUUACCAAGGGUUGAAGGAAAUACACCUUUUUGUUAAAUUGGAAAAUUUGGUUAAGACUCCAUUGUUGAUAAUUUAAUGCUCUUGAAACUGUAUCUUCCCAUUUUGGCGUUUGUGCCCAAAUUUUAUUGGUGAUUAUUGAACUUCUGUUUUUGUUUCUAUCUCCUUUUCAGUAGUUGCUUGCUCUUGUUGAGGCCUUGUGCAUUCAUGUCCUCAGUGUGAAGGCUAUGAAAGUUGCAUUCAUGGAUAUGCAUGCUUUUUAUCAAGCUAAAAAAAGUUCUUUUUGUUCAUAACAUAUAAUAAUAUACUUUCCUCCUGCACAACCCAGAUCAUCAUGCACAAUCUCUUGCAUGAAAAUAUAUUAAACAUUAAGGCCAUAUUUGGGAUUGUUUUCAUUUUUGUUGUUUUUGGUUUUGGUGAAAAUAAAAAUAAUGAAAAACAUUGAAAGCACCUAUGAUUUUUAUAUGGUUUUCAUUUUUGUCUUAAUUUAUUUUCAAAGAUUUACAAAGCAAUUCCUAAAAAAGAGGUGUAUGCAGAAUUUUUUUUUUUCAAAAAUAGUCUACCAAACAAGCUUUUUUGUGUCAGUUUCCAUUUUUUCUAUUUUCUAGAAUAUAAAAUGAAAACAAUAAAUGUGCCCUAGUUGUUUAUUUGGAACCGUUCUUUUUUAGCUUGCAAAUGUUAAUUUAUUUAUUUGUAAUUUAUAUUUUAUCACAAAUCAUGCAGAUCACCAUCUGGGUCAACAACAUAUCUUUUCAUGCAUAUGCUGAGAUUACAUUUCGGAGCACAUCUGAUGGAGGCAAAGGGAUUACAGAUCUGAAAUCUGCUCUCCAGAAUAUUUUUGCUGAGAAUAUUGUUGAGAAAAAGGAGGAUUUCCUUCAAACAUUUUCAACUGACUGUGAUUAUGUUAAAUCCAUUAUCUUGAAAGGGGAGAUAUUGCAGCAUAACACCACCAAUGGGCACAACAGUGAUUCUAACAGUUAUUUGAAGACAGAUUGUUCUAAUUUGAAGGUGCUCUUUAACACCUUUGAUGUAUUAUUGUUAGUGAAUACAGUGCUUGCCUGUUUUGCAUUUCAUGGAUUUGAUAUAAAGACUUGCUAUGAUUAAUGGUAUUGAAUGUUGGGUAGUUAAUAAAAGAAAUGUUUGUAAAACGACUAACUGAAAUGAGAAUAUUGAGAUAGAUAGUCUUUCAUACAA